CGGGAUUCCGAAACGAAAUACGACGCACUGCGCUGGUUGGACGAAAGCCGUGCGAUGGUUGUGUGCGUGUGCGCAUGGCUGCAUUGUGUGCGAGAGAAACCGAGAGAGUGUAAAUAAGAAUAAUAUACAUAUUUUAGCGAAAACGCCGAUGUGGCUGUCGAAGUAAAUUUUUUUUUACCAAGAAACUCUCAUUCUCAGUAAGAUAUUAAUUCACCACCGCGAAGUAGCCUCAUCUGUAAACAAUUCGUGUUCAACUUACCGAUUACGUCGUCGAGGUUAUAGUCAAUAAAGCGUAUAAAAUAUUGUUCGAAACGAAGUUUUGCGCCGCAUUAUCAACCUGUCGCUAUUCAACCUACCGACGAUAUUUCUCUCGUCCAGUACACAAAAUGUUCUUCCGCUGCUAUUCUAAUGCCAGAAGACAGGGACCGGACCGUCAUCUGGUCAACCAUUUCGCAUAAAAGACCCAACAAUCAUUUAAAAUAUUUUGUAAUUACCUAGCGGUGAUUGUUUGAUCAAAGUCACGUCACACGUUGCAUCAAUCGGCGUCGGAUAAAAUGUCCGUCUGAAACAGAUAGCACUGCAUUUAGCAUCAAACUCAUGUGUCUGAAUUAUCUCUGAUAAGUCUGUUAAUUGUCUGGAAAAAAAAAUUUCACCGCUCACAAUGAACGGCUUUAGCACCGGGGAAGAAGACUCGAGGGGUGCAGCGGAUCAAAUUUGUUGCCUGGUGGACGAGGGAGAGAGAUGUACUCGCCCUACCAGCAACGCCUCGUACAGUAAGAGAAUUCAGAAAACCGUCACUCAGAAACGUCUCAAGCUCAAUCUCGACCACAUGGCCCGUCACAUAUACAUCUGCGAGUAUCAUAAGCAAGUAAUCCUCUGCGCCAGGUCCAAGCAGCAGCAACAGCAGCAACGCAGGCGGAAGGAGUCUGAAGAGGAUUCGGGUGAAACUGAUAACGAUCUGCCAGAAGCUGACCUUUUUCAGCUUCAAGUCGGAACUUUGCGCCGUUACAAACGUCACUACAAAAUCUCAACACGACCUGGACUGAACAAAGCUCAACUAGCAGAUACGCUCAUGAAACAUUUCAAGACAAUUCCUGUCGUGGAAAAGGAAGCCCUCACAUUCUUCAUAUUCACCGUUAAGACUAAUGCUAACAAGUUAGAUCAGAAGAAUGGAUUGACCAGUGAACCUACGUAACAUGGAGUUGACUCUGUGUCGUCUACACUUACAUUUGAAAUCGUAUGGCAAGGUAUAUCGAAUGGAUCGCUUUCGAC